UCAACUUUCUAUAAAACCUGCCGCACCAUCCUACCCAACAUCAGUUGUAUUCACGUCUCCUAUAGUGAUACCAGCUCUUAAGCUUCCACCGAAAAACAAGAUGUUCCGUGCACUGGUGAGGCUGUCUGCUGCUGUAGCUGUCGUAGCAAUCUUACUUUGCCUUGUAGGCAAUACCGAAGCGAACUAUAAGAACGCCCCCAUGAACGGCAUCAUGUUUGGGAAGAGGGGACCUACGGAAUACGAUUCCAGGGGAAAGACUUUCACCGCCCUGUGUGAAAUAGCUACGGAAGCCUGCCAAACUUGGUUCCCGUCUCAAGAAAACAAAUGAGAAACCUCUACCCCAGCUAAUAACAAAGAAUAAACCUAACUAUCAUAGUUAUAUUGUUUAUGAAUAUUAUGUAAUCGCAAAUAUCGAAAAAAUAAUUAAAAAAUCAGACUUAAAAAUGCUUUAAAAUAGUUACCAUAAAUGACAAUGAAAUUAAUAAUGUUUUGCAACAAUGUCUAGUUUUUAUUAUAAUAUAUUUAGAAUUUAGCAAAUGAUAAAUAAAGAUGUGAAUAAAA